CUCUGACCUCGUUUACAGCCGUUGUAGAUAGAUCUUCAAGUAUGGGACUUCUGUUUGAUACAAUCUACUAGAAUUUGAGUAUACAUCACGUCAAAUUUCUGGAUGGUUGGGCGUAUAUUCUUUCAUCUAUUUCAUACGGCAGUUCUCUGGGUUUCGGUCACCCAUUUUUUCCUGAGAAUGUCACAUUUUCUCUUCCGUCGCGGAUGCGCCGCUCUAUCCGCGGGCUUUGUGUUACGAUCGAGAAAUGUGCAGGUCGCUCACCUGCCUGUUACUGACGACCUUUAUAGCUUUUCAGACGAGCAGAAACAGGUGAGCGCCACUCGAAUGCUGUAUAUUUGCAGUUCAGGGAAUCAGUUCGCUCUUUUGCGGAGAAGGAACUUUAUCCCAUCGCCGAAGUAACGGAUCAGCAGGAUAAAAUAAGUGAUAUGAAGGUAUUCAUUGAAUAUAAUUUAAUCGAAUUUCGAAGGGAUUAUGGAAGAAAAUUGGGGAAAUGGGUCUUUUAGGUUUAACUGCCCCUGGUAAUUUUCUAUUCAUGUUUUCCCCCAUUCAGUUCAGAAACUUAUGGUGGUACCAACCACGGGCUCCUUGCUCAUUGCAUUGCCAUGGAAGAGAUUUCUCGUGCAUCGGGUUCAGUUGGUUUGAGUUACGGGGCUCAUUCAAAUCUUUGUGUCAACCAGCUUGUUAGGCACGCCACCGAGGAACAGGCCAAAAAAUACCUUCCAGGAUUAAUUUCUGGCGACCUUAUCGGAGCUCUGGCAAUGUCCGAAGUCGAUAGUGGAUCAGACGUAGUUAGUAUGAAGACGAGAGCAGACAGAGUUGGCGAUAAUUAUGUUUUGAAUGGUUCAAAGUUCUGGAUUACCAAUGGAACGGUUGCCGAUGUGGUGAUUGUAUAUGCGAGAACUGAUACAAAUAGUUCUGACUCCCGGCGUGGGAUAUCAACUUUCAUUGUCGAAACCUCCACUCCUGGAUUCUCAGUUGGAAAGAAACUGAAGAAGUUGGGCAUGCGAGGUUCUCCGACGAGUGAAAUAAUUUUCGAAGAUUGCGUAGUUCCCAGUUCCAAUCUUCUGGGAAAACUGAACGAAGGGCUACAUGUCCUCAUGUCCGGCCUCGAUAUUGAACGUCUGGUUUUGGCUGCCGGUCCAGUUGGUCUGAUGCAAGCCGCAUGUGACGUUGCGUUCCACUACGCCCAACAACGUCAUGCAUUCGGCAAACCAAUAUCAGAGUUCGGUCUCAUUCAGGGAAAAAUGGCUGACAUGUAUACUCGGCUGCAAGUCAGUCGGGUCUAUUUGUACACACUGGCGCGGGUCAUGGAUGAGAUCGAGAAUGGAGGCAGUCAGCUCCGUAUUGGUCAGAAGGCGGGACCUGUGAACAUGGAGUGCGCAAACCUCAUCCUUCAUAAUGCCGAAGCAGCCACUCAAGUUGCUUUGGAUGCUAUUCAAAUACUGGGUGGUAACGGCUAUACAGAAGAUUAUCCAGUGGGGCGCAUAUUACGUGACGCCAAGCUGUACGAAAUCGGUGCCGGCACAAGUGAGAUACGGAGGAUGAUCGUCGCUCGUGCUAUCAAUGCUCAGUGCCGCCAAUAACAGGUGUUAUCCUAGUCAAGCAACCCAUUAUACAGGAGCCCGAUUUUUUGGACGAUUGUGAUAAUUUAAAGCCAGCUUUUUUAUCUUUUUGUUCUAUGUCAUUUUUGCAACUCGACUUGUUAUUUCCAGUUUCUUUGCAUAACACACCGGUCCUUUUCCAUCUGAUGUCACAUACGAGUCAAUGCCCCACAGUGUUUUUUCUCAUGCAACUUAUGAUAUAGAAGAUUCGGGCGGUGUGCUGAAAAAAACCUGGCGCAUCUAAGAUUGCCUCACGGAUUUCAGGAGCUGAAGUUUUUAUGUCAGCAGAUCCCACCCUAUAUCAUGCACUACCUCGAGCAAUUAGGCCGCGGUGUCCAACUUUCUAGGUGUUCCUGCUUUAUGUUGCGACCGGGCCAAUUAAAAUAUGGUGCCAUGCUUUAUUCGUCGUCUGCUUAUCCUUUGGAUAUUCACCACUUAUUAGCACAUUCAUCGCAGAAUGUUUUGUUGCCAUUAGGAAGACACGCUCUCUAAUAGAUGGUUUCCCA